AUGACUUCUGUACAUUCGGCGGGUCCAUCAAUGCAAGUGUACAGCACCGAAGUCACCUCAUUUUCCCUUCCCUACGCUUUUUUGUUCAUUUUCGGAACGGCUGGCAACGUCGCUGUGCUCACUUAUGUUUUCUUUGUGACAAGAUCCUUACGAUCCUCAGUCACUGCUUUGGGAAACACAUUCGUCUACAUGGUCGUUUUGUCGGGAGUCGAUCUUUUGGUCACAAUGUCAAUUCCAUUUCAUUUAUCAGGUUUUGAUCGAUACAUGGCGAUCUGUCAUCCGGAAGUGAAACGGGUUGAGGCGACAGAUACGCACAAUGUUACAAUCAAGAAUCCCCAU